GAUCUCCUUGGACCAGCUUACUCUCCGUGGCCAUCCUGAAACUCGGCGAAUCCGGAGACCUGGACUACCUCCGCAGCAAAUGGUGGGAGAGCAGCUGUUCCCACGAAGACCACGACAAAUGGAGUCCUCUGAAGCCCCAAACUCUGGGGGGGAUUUUCCUCCUCCUGGCGCUGGGCCUCGUCUCGGGAAUGCUGGUGGCCGUGAUUGAGCUGUCCAAGCGAAGCCGUCACACGGCCGAACAGGAGAAGAAAUCUUGCUGUUCCGCGUUCACCAGGGAGCUGAGCCAGCGGUUCCAGGCGCGAGAAAACAGGCAGGAAAACGCAGAAAAAUCCAAGGCGUGAAGAAACAGGGCAGGAACCCGCGGCCAAAUUUUCAACGAACUAUAUUUCCCGCACCACCCCUUUUCCUCCUAUGCGAUCUGUAAAAGCACACGUAGGGUAUUUCUCCCCCCCCUCCCCCAGUAAUAAUUCCUUUUUAUAACAGUUAGCAGAGGUUUUUGGGGGCACAUCUGGGCAAAAACUAGCAUAGUUUCUCGCUGCUAAGGCAAAAAAAAAAUCCUAGAGCCCUUUUUUUUUCUCGUUAAGACAAACCGGAUUGUCAGUUAACCACGGUUUCGGCACCAUUAACAUUAACAUUCACAUUGGUAGCGUUGUGGAGCGGCUGGUUUUGUUGGGGGGGGGGAGAGGGGGCCGUCGUAAAGAGAAGGCAGAGUGGGUCUCCAUACGUAGGAAUGGGAGAGAAGAAGGGGGCACCCAGCGAGAGUCAAAACGGAGCUUCGGGAUCCCGCGAGGACAGGUUUCUAGUCCUCAUGAGCCCGAGAGAAACAGAUGGAGAGGCAUUGUGCCUGAGGCUUUCCAAGAUGGUUCUUUAAAAUUCAAAGAAAAUGUAAACUUGCUAAAUUGAUGAGGGGAAGAUGCUUUUUCUUGGCCCGAGAUUUUAAUAAAUUAGCAUAAGUUUACAUACAAAGGGGCCCUUUGCUAACAGCAGAAGAUCUAAAAGGGGUACAGAUUAUCCAGAAUUUGGAGACUCCUGGGUGGGUGUCGCAAAGAAGGGGGGGUUGGAAGACAUGACCCCCUCCUCUUAAAAGUGGCUUUUUUCCCCCCAAGUUCAAGGAAAGAUCCAUAUAAUCCCCCAGGGCCAAUGGAUGGAAAUAAAGUCCUCCCUGCGAGGUGGGACAACGAAGACACUUUGCAAGGCCAGGACAGGAUCCGCAGGGCAGUCUAGAAGUUACACAACGACUAAAUAAAAAGAAUGUUGUGACAAAA